AGACCAAAUCUCCAUGGGCAGAUUACAGGGAGGGGAGGCUAUGAAAUAGACUGGAGCAAAAUUAAGAAAUAGGUGACAAGAUAGAGGACACACAGUCGGACAUAUUUAUAGAAGGUGAGAAACUGAUACUGCAAGUGUGCGGCAAAAGGCAGAGAAACCGAUAGGGAGCGAAAAGAGAGGGAGUGGGUUGGGCUUUAGGUAUGGGAGAACAACGGCACAUCAGGGCAGUGGGACAGAGACGGACUCAGGGAAACGAGAAGAGAGGAGAGUGCAUGCUUAAGUGCCUGUUGGUGUAUAUGUGUGAGUGUGUGCAUGUAUCAGUAUGAAAUCAGAGUGAGAUGCUGGGAGAGGAUGAGGAGUAAAAGGGUGAGGCAGCUGCAAGAGGCGCUAAGUGUGUUUGUGUGUGAGGGUUAGUGUGUGAGAGAUGCAGUCAUGUCUCUGUGAGAGGGAGCAGCACAGCAACGGUAACCAUGCUGAGCCCCAAGAUAAAACAGGCACGCCGUGCACGAUCCAAGAGCAUGGUGCUUGGAGAAUUGUCUCGACUCUCCAGGCCUUGCUCUCCUCAGGAUCAAGAGAAACCCUUAAAGGCAGGUUGGCUGAAGAGGCAGAGAAGUAUCAUGAAAAACUGGCAGCUGCGAUGGUUUGUCCUGAGGUCUGAAGCUCUAUACUUCUACAAAGACCAAGAUGAAAGCAAGGCACAGGGCUGCAUUCCUCUUCAGGGCAGUCAGGUCAAUGAGGUCUCAGCCCAUCAAGAUGAGCCAGGUCGCCAUCUUUUUGAAAUUGUUCCAGGGGGAGCUGGAGAAAAGGAUCGUAGUAACGCAGGUCAUGAAUCGUUCCUACUGAUGGCCAACUCACAGAGUGACAUGGAAGAAUGGGUCAGAGCCAUACGCAGAGCCAUCUGGGCUCCACUUGGUGGAGGUGUUUUCGGUCAGCAUCUACAGGCGACAAUGUCAUAUGAGUCACAGUGUGGACCUCAGCGAGUGGUCCCCGUGCUAGUCGAACUGUGUGCGAGCUUUAUACGUGAACAAGGACUCAAGGAGGAGGGUCUUUUCAGAGCACCUGGGCAGACCAAUCAUGUUCGAGAACUGCAGGAUGUUUUUGACCGUGGCGAAAUCCCUGUUUUCGACAGUUCCACAGACGUCCACACAGUGGCAUCACUGUUGAAGUUGUACAUACGAGAGUUGCCAGAGCCUAUAAUCCCAUUCUCCAAAUACACACAGUUUUUAUCCUGUGCUCAGCUUCUUUGCAAGGACAAAGAAAUGGCCAUCACAGAACUAAGUAAACAGGUGAAAUCCCUCCCUCAGGUCAACUACAACCUCUUGAAAUACAUCUGCAAGUUUUUGGAUGAGGUUCAGUUGCAGUCCAUUGACAAUAAGAUGAGCGUUCAGAACCUGGCCACCGUUUUUGGGCCUAAUAUUCUUCGGCCUAGAGUGGAGGAUCCUGUUACAAUGAUGGAAGGAAGUUCCCAAGUGCAACAUUUGAUGACUGUCCUGAUCAGUGAACACUCUCGACUAUACCCAAAUGAGGAUUCCGAUACUGAGAUCAAAACUCUCCCACCCCAACAUGAGCUCAAACGAUCCAAAGUAGAAUGGGUUUCACAAGAAGAAGAAACGAACUCACUAAAUACUACAAGUGUAAACUCUACAAAUAUCAAAGAAAACCACACACCUUCCAGUGUUUUGAUGGAUAGUGAGCUGCCUACAUCAAAUCCUCUUGCAUGUGAAAAGGAUGAGAACAGCCAAACUAAGGGCAAUGAUGUAAACAAACUGAAUGAAAAAGUCAUUGAAAAAGAAAAUAUCAAAACUGAAGGGGAAAGCGAAGUCGCUGUUAGCCCAAGCAAACAGGCCAAAGCUCUACCUUCAUGGAGGUGCUCCUUCAAGGGCAAUGUUGUCUCUGCAGGGUCAAAGGGGAAAAUGGGAGGCUCAGCAGGGGAUGUGUCAGCAUCUGGUGGGAGCAAUUGGCUGAUGAAUGGCCUGUCAUCCCUCCGAGCACAUAGACGCACGACCUCAUCUGGUGAAAGAGUGAAAGACUCUACAUUGUCUCUGAAGGAUUCAACCCAGUCUCUUAAAGAAACCACUCUACAACUCAAGGACACCCAAAGAGACUAUGACCUAGAAUCCCCUCAAACAUCCCACUCUCACAGAGUCCUCCACAAAUCUCACAGACUUUCUGCCUAUGACAAUGUAGCUCCUUCCAGCCUAAGCCUGCCUGCUGACACUUCAUCUAUCUGGACACCCUUUGAGAUUCCGCUGCCGGACACAGAAGGAAACAAUAAGUCAACAAAGCUAGAACAAGAUGAAGAGAGAAACACUGAAGUGGGGAAUGGAACAAAUGAUGAGGAAGUUGCAGGAACAAGUGAAGAAAUCCCAAACAAGCUGACCCAACUAAAGCAGGAGCUGAAAAAACAGAAAGUGAACUAUGAAACGCGUAUUCGCAAGCUGGAGGAGUCCUGUUCGAAAUACCAGUGCCAGGUUAGCCACCUCGAAGAGGACUUGGACCAGGAGAGGAAGAAGUGUCACAUGUUGGAGAUCCGACUCAGGAAUUCAGAGCGGGCACAUCAGGAUGCAGAAAAUCGAAACAUUCUCCUCCAGAGAGAAAUGGAGGAAUUCUUUAAGACUUUUGGAGAUCUAACAACAGGAGCAGCAAGGACCAAGUAGACCUGACCAAACUGCCUUUAAUGGUCCUGAGGCACUCAGUCACUGGGAGGACCAACCAGUCCCAAAGCUUUUUAGAAAACAUACCUCUAGUGCAAUGCUGAUAGCCAUGUUUUCCACUUCAGUAUGGCUGUCCUGUGCCUAUGUGGACCAGUACUGGUGCCAAAUAAGAACUUCCCUGGACCAAGAACGUAUUUUGUCAUUCCAUAAAAUACAGUAUAUCUCAAGAAUACACUCUAAAUGUCUGCCUGAAUGACAAGAAAUCCUGAAGUGCUGUAGCAUAACCAUCCAUACAAUUUUAAGUCCUGUUUCUUCUUGACUUCGAAUGAAAGAAAAAAUGUAAGACUUUAACAAUAACUUUCUUAGUUGGGUUUAAAGGUGAAAAGCCACUCAGCUAACCUUUCAAAAAAAUCACAACACUUAAGGAUAAUUUUGUGAACAAUGUUUGUCCGACUCUAAGUAGACUGCUACAUCAUCCGAGAGGUACUAGAUGGGAUUUUGUUUUAUUCUUUAAAUUGUACCUGCACUAAUGCUAAGAGAAGUUGUGAAAAACUGUUUUGGCAGCAUUAUUUUUUAAACAACAUCCUAGUGCAUCACAAUAAAUUUGAAUAUCACCAAAACGAUUAUUCUAUUCAAACCUUUUAACUCAUUAAACACAGACAAAUAUGCAGUAUUUCAAGUGUUCAUUUGUAAUAUAUUUGAUCAUGGUUUAAAACUGAUGCAAACCCAAAAUUUGCAUUCUCAAAAAAUUAAAAUGAAAAAAUUAAUGAAAGGCUGUCAUCAGUCAGACAAAAUGACAAUUUCUCUAUAAAAAUCUUUUUAAAAAGAGUCAAAAUAAUUUAAUGCAUGGGAAAUUUGCAUUUUUAAAUCUUUAAGCAGUUCAAGAUGAACUGAAAUGAAUGCUUGAAACAUAUGACUUUGCGUAGUCACAUUGGAUUCACAUUUUCAAAUCAGUUACUCAAAUAAGUUAACUUUUCAAAGUCAAAGUCAAUUAAUUUCUUGAGAUGCACCCAAAUGUGAGUAAAAUCUUACUGAAGGUAGUGCCUGAAUUGUAAUGAAAGAACAAAUGACUCAGGACAACUGUCACAAUCUACAAAGUGCAUUCAGGGUUAAAAGCUGGAGCCAUUGAGAAUCUGAGCCAUGAAACAUAUCCAGAGCUCACCGUGGCAGAGAUUGGAAAAUAACCACUUUAUGAUGCUCGGAAAACGCAUCUUCAGGCAACAACAGAUCUCUGGCUACACUGAUUCAAAAACUAUAUUACUUAAAACAGAAACAAAAUGGAUAUGAAUAUCCCCAAAUGCAAUGUACAUUACAUACUAGAUUUCUUCUAGCUUGAAAUAAAUAAGGUAAAAGAAGAUAAAAUCUUCUUAGCUUUUGUUUUCAGUCGAUAUGUACCAUUAUAUUGUAUAUUUAAAAAUUAAAGUGUCUGAGUGGUUAAUAGUAUGAAGGUGGAGUUAUGGAACUGAGGAGAAUCUGAGAAUCACUGCACUGAGUAAGGGCACUUAAUACGGAAAAAAGUGAUUUAUUUGGACUUAGUUUCUGGUGUCUUAAAUUAUAGUAACCUACUCUAGUCAUUGAAGACAUUACAGAUUUUGACAAAUGUAUUGGUAACCCUGGUGACAAUGUGCAGGUGGGAUAGAAGCAGCCACCAACUAAAUUAGUGUCAGAGCUGCACAAUCUUAAAAUUAGAGGGAAACACGAAAUUAGUACUUCUGCCACUAAGAAAUAAUUGCUAACCAAAUCACAAACGGACCAUUUAUAUGUACCCUUAACAAUGCCUUCAAUAUACACACACCUGAAGUUAUUUUUUAUGAUGCUUUUCUUAUUCAGGUUAAUAAGCAAGAGCAUCAAAUUUGUCCUAGAGAACUGUGCUUCUGUUUAACCGAC